AUGAAAGUCUCGCCCAUGGCGACGCUGCAACGACGAUGGGAGGCCGCGCUUGACGGCAUCAAAAGCGCGGAACUGGAGUACGCCAUCGGCAACCUGAGCGAAGAGGACUACCGCUGGCUGCGCCGCCAGUACAUGCGUGAGGCAGCAGUCGUAAUGCGCUCGAUGGAGCUUGAGCACGAAGAAGAAGAAGCGCUCCUGACGCGUAUUGAAGCUGAAAGCGAGCGCGUUAGAGCGCGUGUGCUGGGAGACGAUCAGGCUGCGGGCUGA